CGAGCAGCACCCUGCGCGAAGUGGUCCAGGGUGAAGCUUAAGGAGAACGGUGAAGAUAGUUCCAACUCCAGGACCGCAAAAUGUCAGUGAUAAGUGCGUCCCUCCUGGUCCUAUCAAUCCUGACGACGCCGCGAUGGACAUCGGCAGCGCCGCGAAAGACCAGAUCCCCAGGAAACGAGGUGCCCUGGCACCUGCCUUGCGGCGAGGUCCUGGACAACGAGCCCAUCCCCGCGGAAAACCUCGACGAGGAGGUGAAGAACAGCCUAGGGAACCUCCGCCUGCAGCAUCAGCUGACCAUGAACGACUACCUGACGAGGGACUACGAGCUCCUCUACGAGAGGGUCAGCAUCGGCGUGGACCAGCACCAGUACAUCCCCAACUGGGUGCCCGGCAAGAAGGACGUCAGCCACGUCAGGAAGCUCGCCAAGGCCAGCCCGAGAACGAUCGCGAAUCACCUCCCGAAGCUGCACCAGGACCUGCAGAAAUUCGCGGUGGCCUUCGAGGAGCUCGUCAAGGAUGAGACCGACCCCGGGGUCAGGUCGGCCCUGGUGGCGACCAAGUCCUACCUCCUGGUGAUGCUGUGCGAGGUGGAGAGCAACCUGGUGGUCCUGCCGCACCUGCAACUGCCCGCGCGGGUGCAGCGCAGCAUAAUGAGCGAUACCGAGCGCGACCCUGAGGACGACACCAGGAGGCUGAUCCGCGACUGGGGGGUCCUUCUCAAGUACAAGGACUAUUUGCAUGCCUGGAAGCACGUCUUCGGUUACUGA